AUGGAAAAAAUUGGCUUAGCUCAGACACUUCUACUUGAAGAUAAUAAAUUAAUUGAAGUGGUUAUAACAAAUCUUGUUAAAAUAUUAAAUUCUUUAACAGAUUUUUAUUUAAAUCGCACUUAUAAUAGUUCACUAUUAAUAUCAUUAUGUAAAAUAACUAAAAGUGAACUAUGUAAUUUAUUAAUUCGCUGUUGGGGAACUGAAAUCGGUAUAUGUGUAUUAAAAAAAUUAAAUAAAUUAUAUUUAACAUUAAUAUGGGAAAAAUCUAUAUUAUUAUCUUUAUGUUCAUUUGAAACAAAUAUAAUUGAUCAAAAAUUUAAUAAAAAUUAUUUAUUAAAAUUAUUUCCAAUCACAAAUGACAUCUGUAUUCAAAUAAUAAAAUCAUUAUUAUGUGUUUCAUCUAAACUUGAUAGAAUUAUUAAAAUGAAUUUUAUAAUUUACUUGUUAAAAAAUGUUCAACAUUAA